AGAGACUUUUUAGAUUUCUUUAAGAGCAGUGUUUUGCAAUAUGCCGACGAAACGAAAUCAAGAUCUUAUGGAUUUGAGACAAGUCAGCGACAAAAAGGCUUCUAAACCCUUGAUGGAAAAAAGGCGCCGUGCUCGCAUAAACCACUGCUUGGCACAACUGAAAUCUUUAGUUGUUGACCCAACAAUUACGGAGAGAUCAAGACAAACAAAACUGGAAAAAGCAGACAUUUUAGAGCUUACAGUACGGCAUCUUCACGACAUUAAACGAAAGCAGAGAACUGCAGCUAUUCUUGAAUCUCGGCAUCCAAAGAAAAAGUUUGAAAUUGGAUACGCUGAAUGUGUACGAGAAGUUGACUUAUUCUUGUCAAAUCUGAUUGAUCAUCAGCUGACAGGUUUGGAGGCAGAAGUUCAACAAAGACUGAAGAAUCACUUAAGCAGAAGAUUGCAGGACUUAACUUGCAUGGAAUCGAUCGGAAAGAAUGAUGAAGGUGCAACUUUCAAUGAUCAAACUGCUUUACUGCCGUCUUCUCCUUCAGCUUGGUCCCAUGAUAAUAGUUCUGAUGAACCUUUGGCUGAAAGUCAAGAAAUGCAUCAAAACGUUGAAUUUCAGUUGAACAAGAACAAUACUCAACCUUCAAGUAAAAAGCGAAAGAUUUUAGAAUCUUAUUUAGCGGUAAAACAAGAACACCUGUCGUUCCAAGAUUCAAUCACAGAUGCUAAAUCUUCUCCUCGGGCUUCCAACAAACCGGAUGAAUGCCGUUACUUAAAUUCUCAUUCAUCUACCAGUUAUGGUAAGGAACUAUCAAAAACAGCAAGCUACAGUUCCAAUAGCUGUCCUGGAAGGUUCAAUGAAUUUGAUUUCAGCAAUAAUGUCUCAAAGAAAUUGUGUGCAAAACCUGUGUAUUGUCCAUCUAGUACGAGCUCUGUAGGUUCAGUGGACUUGUCCAUACCUACAUCUGAAAAAGAAAGAACAAAUCUGACUCAAAGUCCAUCUUUGGAACAGCAAAUUGCAUUGAUCCCCAGGAGACUAGAGAAUGGUGAGUGGGCAUUAGUGUUGCCAGCAAACUUCGCUUUACCUGAAAAUAGUGUUUCUCAUCCAUUUAGCGCGUUUCGCCUCGUUAUGCCACCCAAAUCUGCAUCAUCAGACAGUGCAUUGCACCUGCAGCAGCAAAGACAACAACUGGCAUCCUCCCCAUUGUCGAGUACAGUCUCCGAUAUGAGUACUGAAGAAUACAAUUUGUUUGUGGAUACUGAACCAGGCGAAAGGAUGGAUUUCAAUAGUGAUUUAAGUAACAUUCAUGUUUGGAGGCCGUGGUAA